AUGGCCAAGUACGGCACUCUGGACGUGGCCUUCGAGUACGACUCCGGGGAGCAGUGGCUCGCCGUCACCGUCACCGCGGCAACCGACAUCCCCGCCCUCAAGCAGACGGGCAACAUCUCCUGGCAGGUCCACAUGGUCCUGCUGCCCACUAAGAAGCAGCGAGCUAAGACCGGGGUGCAGAAGGGUCCGUGCCCGGUCUUCACGGAGACCUUUAAGUUCCUGCGUGUGGAGCAGGACUCGCUCGGGGACUACGCCGUGAGGUUCAGACUCUACAGCAUCAGGAGGAUGAAGAAGGAGAAGGUCCUGGGGGAGAAGGUGUUCCAGCUCACCAAACUCAACCUGCACGGCAAGAUGGCUCUGCCGGUCACGCUGGAGCCGGGGUCCGAGGCCACGGGCUGUGGCUCCGUGGUCAGCGUGUCCCGCAGUGGGGGGGCCCUGUCGUACCGCUCCACAGAGGACAGUCUCCCAGAGCUGCUGCUGGGCCUGGUCUACAACUCCACCACCGGACGCCUCUCUGCGGAGGUGAUCCAGGGCAGCCACUUCAAGACCUCCGCCACAGAGAAACCGAUCGGUGAGAGAGGGGGGGAGAGAGGAGAGAGGGAGGGGGGGAGGGGUGAGAGUGGGAGAGAGAGAGAGGAGGGGGGGGGGAGAGCAAGGGGGGGAGAAGGGAGAGAGGUGAUCCAGAGUGAUCCAGGGCAGCCACUUCCACCCAUCGGUGAGAAUGGGAGAGGAGAGAGGGGAGAGUGGGAGGGGGGGGAGAGAGGGGGAGAGCGGCGAGGGGGGAGAGCAGAGAGGGGGGGGCUCAGUGUGCUACCCCUGAGUCCAGACCCCAGACCCCUGAGUCCAGACCCCGGACCCCUGAGUCCAGACCCCGGACCCCUGAGUCCAGACCCCAGACCCUUGAGUCCAGACCCCGGACCCCUGAGUCCAGACCCCAGACCCCUGAGUCCAGACCCCGGACCCCUGAGUCCAGACCCCGGACCCCUGAGUCCAGACCCCAGACCCCUGAGUCCAGACCCCGGACCCCUGAGUCCAGACCCCGGACCCCUGAGUCCAGACCCCGGACCCCUGAGUCCAGACCCCAGACCCUUGAGUCCAGACCCCGGACCCCUGAGUCCAGACCCCAGACCCCUGAGUCCAGACCCCGGACCCCUGAGUCCAGACCCCAGACCCUUGAAUGGUCUGUUUUGUUGUGUCAAACAUGUUGUGGGUGGACAGCUGUAUAUCAUGAGAGACACCUACGUGAAGCUGGUGAUGCUGGACUCGAAGGGGAAGCAGAUGUCCAAGUGCCGGACGGGGGUGUGCCGCGGCCAGCCCAGCCCCACGUACCGCGAGAGCUUCGUGUUCCAGGUGUCUCUGUUCCAGCUGUCCGAGGUCUCCCUGGUCCUCAGCGUGUUCUGGCGCCGGUCCUCCCUGAGGCCCCGCGAGCGCCUGGGGGGGGUCUGCCUGGGCCUCAACAGCACCAGCGAGGAGCAGAGCAGCCACUGGAACCAGAUGAGGGAGGCAGAGGGCCAGCAGGACCAGGAGGAGGAGGAGGACCAGGAGGAGGACCAGGAGGAGGACCUGGAGGAGGAGGAAGAGGAUCAGAACCAGUGGAUGGACCAGGACCAGGAGAAAGAGGAGGACCUGGAGGAAGAGAACCAGGACCAGGAGGAGGACUAG